AGUCAUACUCUUGUAUAAAAUUGAGUCUUGAAAUAUUACAACAAGUCUUUCAACAUGGUCCAUGGAUGGCACGCCAUAUUUGUGAGUGGUCAAAGAAUUGGAUUGCAACCAAGACUUUACCUGUCUCUCAACAAGGUUACAGAAAAUAUACACCAGCUCUUAUUGACAAUGAGAACAUACAAAACUCUUGCUUACGUUUUAUUCGUACUAUUGGUGAAAAGAUAACUGCUAAAAAGUUUCAAGAUUAUGUUUAUAAAAAUGUUUUACCACAUGUUACUAGCUCUCGCACUUUAAUUUCAUUAGAAAUAGCUCGAAAAUGGUUUUGCCAUCUUGGUCUUUCAAGAUUAGGUGAUGGUUGGUUUAUUAAUGCACAAGGUGAACGAGUUACUCAGUCAAUGAUUUUUUCUAAAGAUCUUCCUCCUGAUGAUCCUAAUUAUAUCUUCUGUGAUGAACCAAAAGGUAUUCGAAAGAUACUUCGUGAGUGUAAUUUAUGGCCUACUGAUGGUCUAAGAUUAAAGUGUGGAAAUAACUAUUAUGAACCAAGCACACCUGAUUGUUGUACACAUCAUUUGUU